AUGAAAAUAAACGUAACGACCAUCAAACUUUUGAUAUCCUCGGCACAGGAGAAGUCUGGCCCGUUAGAGAUCUCGAUUCGUUUAUCAAUUCUGGUCCUUCUCUUCUUCACCACUGUACUGGGCAAUGGUAGCAUUCUAGUGAUGCUGAAGCGAUUCAAGUCCCUUCGCACGAUUCCAAACAUCUUAAUCGCCAACUUGGCCUUCAUAGACUUGAUGAACGGGGUAAUAAACCUGCCACUUGUGGCCAUGCUGACAAACGUUCACUUUCAGCGGCACGUCAAAGGGAGGUUAACGUCUGCUAUAGUGGCGUGCCUGCAGUCCGCCUUUGUGCUGCUCAAUUUGUUCGGCAUGAUGUUUAUGAUGCUUGACCGGUAUUCCGUUAUCAAGUGGGGAAUGAAAUAUAAGGUGUGGUCGGGGACGGAUAAGGCGUUCAAGGCCGUGCUGAUCACGUGGCUCCUUACCGUCGCCAUAAUGGUUCCCUGGUUCCUAUCCCUUUAUGACGUAGAUCUGGGUGACGCCCCAACAGUUAUUUACCGCAUGGUAUAUUAUUACAAGAUUGGAAACAGUAUGACCGUUAUCCGGUCGGUUUUCUCGGCUAUCUUUGCGCUCAUGGCAUUGAUGACUUGGUAUAGCAUCAAGAAGCAGAUUCGGAUAAAUGAGAAAAAGCUAUCCCUUCACCAUCAUUUUCACGGCCUACAACAAAGGGAGACGAGACGUCGCAUAGAGGCGCACGCUGCCACUACUGUGGGACUGACCGUGGGCUCGUACGUACUAUCGUGCAUUCCCCUUAUCAUGUACGGUGUCCUGUCUCAGAAGGCCUCUGAUCUCGUCAGUAGCAACUUCCUUAAGUGGUUCGGUGAUAUAGCUAAUUACUUCCAGUUCGUCUCAAGUAUGUGCAAUCCCUUCAUUUAUAUGGCACGUUGCAAGCGCUUUAACCAGGCCCUCAAGCUUCUAUGCAAAGAUCCGCUGGGUACAAGUGAGCCUAGGGAGAAUGCGAGUUACAAUAAACGCCCCCUCUCAACGUCAGCCUGUUCGAGCAUACAGUAUUCGAACAAAUCUUUUACAAGCAACGAACGCUCCCUUUCAAAGUCAGCCUCUUCGAGCAUACAGUAUUCAAACAAAUCUUUUACAAGCAACGAACGCCCUCUCUCAACGUCAGCCUCUUCGAGCAUACAGCAUUUAAACAAGUCCUUGACGAACUGCGAUCAGGACAAUGUCUGCUGUCCCCAUCAAGACGAAGUACGCACCUUGGUUUUCCGGGUUAUUCGUGUAGCGCUCGAGGACAUUAUGAAGCAUUAUGAAGAAGACGAGAAUGAGGCAGACGGUAGCGGACAAAGCAACAAUUUGGGUUUUACCGGUGAUGAUGGUGUUGGUAAUGUUGAUAAAGACGAUGAUAAAGAUGGUGCUCCAAGCCCUUCACCACCAUGA